AUGGAAUCACAAACAUUAUGGUCUUUAAGGUCAAGUGUUUUUAGCAGAAACAAAAAUGUUUUCCAGAACCCUUCCUUGGAAUAUACUGACCAAAUGCUAGAAUCAAGAUUUUUAUCUGAAAUUUUUAAAUUUCAAACAACUUCAUUCAAUUACACAUCAAUUAGUCUCUUAUUUUUUUUAGUUGGCUUAUAUGUUUAUGGUAAAAUCCAGACUUUGUUUAUCAUAGCAAUUGUGCUAUCAUUAUUACCCUUUGCGAUAUUUAAAAGACUUUCCUGGCUCCCUAAAAGGCUGCUUUUAGAGUUUUCAUGUGUGAUAUUUGAAUGAGAAAAUAUUGGGAAUGGGUCAAUUUCGGAAGGCCUUGGAUGCUUUUUUUUUAGCUUUUUUUUAUCGUUUUUAUUGGUGAAAAGAUGAACUUUGGCAAUGAGUUUUGGAAUACUUGAAGGGGCUGUUUUAUGAUAUAAAAUAGGAAUUUCAAUAGGAAUUGUAGUACCGAUUUUGACUUAUACAUUUGCAAGCUCUGUUCUAGAGAAGGACACAAGAGAUUUAUGGCUUUUAUAUUACACUUAUAAGAAGCUGCAUGGCGCUUUUCAUUAUUUUUUUAUGAGUUCUCCAAAUGCGACUUUUAUACUGAAUUCAGCUGGGAAAAUCAUUGUAUACAAUAAGCAAGCCAUGAAUUUGUUAAAAAAAAUCAAUAAGCCUGAAACUUUACUAGAAGAAGGUCUAUUUAGUGACAUUUUUUCUGAUUGAUAUAAAGAUUCCAUUGAUUUAUUGAUAUCUAAUGCAAUAAAAGGUAUAAGAGGCCAAGACGAAUUUUUGUUUCUCGGAAACGAACAAGUAAUAGGCAUAGAAUAUAAAGAAGAUCUUGGCUGUAUGGUAGAAUCUGAUAACGUUAUUUGAAAUUCCGAAAAUUGUGUCAGGAUGACCUGCAUUGAUAUUUCAAGCCAAGUUAUGAUAAGAUCUCUAGUAAAUAACCUUUAUCGAAACUUAUGUUUGCCUGUAGACAGCUUAAACAAAGAGCUCGCUCACGAGUUUGAGCAUAAAAAAUCAGUUAAUAAAGAAACUUUACUGAUGUUUAAUUACAUUCAGAAAUGUCUUAUUGAUAAUUUACUAUUCCAAACACUAUUUACAAGCACACUUAUAUUGAAUAAAGAUAAUUUUGAUAUAAAUUCAGAAAUUCAUAAUAUAGUCGAACUGUGCCAUGCAAGGGCGUCCAAGAAAAAUAUUACGAUUUCUUAUACGAAGGACUUAGGAAUCCCUCCAGCAGUUACAGGAGACCAAGCUAUUAAUUUUCAUAUUUUACAGACAAUGCUUUGUUUAUUUAUAGAUAAAGCAAUAGAAAGUAGUGAAAUCUCGCUUAUCGUUGAAGUUUCUGUAUUUUUUAUAUAGUCUGCAGUGUCAAAAGAAGUUUCAGUGUCCUACACAUUUAAUUAUAAAUCCCAAAAGUUCAAACAAUCUGACUAUGAACUGAUAUUCAAGGACAGAGAUAGCCCAGAAAGGAGAAAAACUCUUGAUGAGAUUUUAUAUCUUUCUAAAACUUAUGGUGUAGGAAUUGCUGUAUUAGAUUCUGUACUAAGAUUGCUAAAAGGAUAUGUAUCGAAUUUCUGUAUCCAUAAUUAUAAAGAAUUUAGACAAAGUCUUACAAUUAGAAUCCCAUAUAUUAUUAACCUAAAAAAACCAAAAAAUAAAAUGUUACAGCUAAGCACCCCGCCAAUCUAUGAAACCCCUUUAACUGCUAAAUGGAAGCCUGAUAAAGAAAAAAAGCCAAUCGAUGAGUCACAAAAAUUAGAAGCACAAAUUAAAGCAAUAAAAGGAAGCAGGAGAUCGAGCAAAUCUGAUAAUAGAACGAUAGAAAAAUGCUUGAAUCUAUCAGUAAAACCAAUUUAUUCAAGCACAACAGUUAAGUACCUCACAAGCGAAACUGAUGAAGAUUCCGAUGUUUCGAACAAAAUGAAAUCCUAUGCUGAAGGGUCCCCAUUUUUAACUGGGACCUCACAUAUUUCGACUAAUUAUAGUGCAGCCACAAAUUCAAUAAACCAUGAGCUAUCCCCAGUUUCGGCUAAUAAAGAAUCUAUAAAAAUUAGAGGUUCCCCUGAUUUCAAAAGAUGUGAAUCAAUUUUACAAGAAACUCCAAAAAUAAAAAUAUGGAGAGAUACCUUCAAAAUUUUAAUCGUGGACGAUGAUAGUACAUUACGCUCUAUAUUUGAUGCCAUUCUCAAAGGUAUUUAUGAUACAAGCACAGAUUUCGCAUGAGAUGGCUUAGAAGGUGUCCAGCAAUAUAAAAAGUCUACAGAAAAUCAUAAGUCUUAUCAAAUAAUUUUCAUGGAUGUUUAUAUGCCAGGAAUGGAUGGCUACAAAGCAACUCAAAGAAUUAGAGAAAUCGAAAGAGAAAUAAAUGCAAAAAAAGUUUUUAUAUGUGGAAUAUCAGGGGAUAAAGAUUUAAAAGAUAGAUGCAAAGAGGCAGGAAUGGAUGAAUUUCGUAAGAUCUAUGUAGUCGUCAAGCCUCCAAGUGCGAAAGAGGUCAGAAAUAUUGUUGAGCAUGUGCAAAAGUGGUUUUUAAGUCGUGGGGAUACUCAAGCUGAAAAUUAUUAA